ACGAUUAUGGUUAGUUUUUUUCUUUAAAUAUUUUUAAUCAAGAUGUCCGAUUUACGUGGUUGUUAUUUUAUAGGUGAACCAGGCAUGCCGGGAUACCCAGGAGAAAAGGGGGGCAAGGGGGACCCUGGAUUCCCCGGACCACGUGGUCCGCCGGGACUGCCUGGACAAGAUGGACUUGACGGAUUGGAUGGUAUGACGGGAGCGAAGGGUGACCGCGGGGAGAAGGGUGACAGGGGACUGCUGGGUUUCCCAGGAGGUAAAGGACCAGUCGGUCCCAUAGGACCGUCAGGUGCACCGGGACCGAUGGGACACGUCGGCAAGGAUGGACUAGAUGGACUUCCAGGGGUACCAGGAAUCCCCGGCCGAAAUGGCACCGACGGCGUGCCCGGCAGACGAGGUAAAAAGGGAGACGGUGGCACACCAGGGAAGCCGGGACAGAGGGGAGAGUCGGGUGUGCCCGGCGUGCCCGGAUUCAAGGGCUAUAAAGGAGCUAGGGGCGAACAAGGCUGGCCAGGUGUGGACUGUAGAUGUCAGACUCGACGACAGUCAGAUCAAGCAUCCAUGCAGCUUGAUCGCUAUGUCCAGAGAGAACAAGCUGAACCAGAAGGGGAAUGGGCUAUGUGUCAAGUGCAUUGUGUAGAUAACUAUCGACGAACACGAACUACUCUGAAUGACGUUAAAGCAGAUCCAAUUCCAUUAAGAAGCGAACUGUCUCAAGCAAGUAUGAUCCGGCCAAGGUCACUCCUUUUCCCACCUGUAUUGAUUCUCGCUGGUUUAAGUAUGAUGACACACGCAACGCUGGAUAUAUUGUUUUUCAAUGACUGAUCUCAAGAUAGACGUACUUUGGACUCUGUGGUCAACACACGUGGACACAGGUGUGGGAACAACGAACGGAUGCUGUAGAAAUACAAAACAAUAGGAUUUACAAUGCAGAGAUUGACGUGGACACAUGGGCAAAUCAAAACAUGAAUUGGACAAUAACCUAUGCACUUGUGGAACCUUCUAUGCUGUUACGACAGGAAAACAAAAGAAAUUGACAGAUGUGAAGCAUACAUUGAUGCUAAUGGUGGACAUUUUACUAUGCGAGCCGUGUGACCUUUACCUUUCACUGGUGAUGACCCGUAAAAGAUCUUCGCCUAUGGACAUAUCGAUCAGAUGAAUGUUUGGUUUAUUGAGGGUUUUAUUUUUAAAAAUAUUUCCUUGUUUUCUAUCUAAUGAUCCUUUUCGAUUUGCGAAGGUACAUGCGUAAUGUUAUAAUAAUAUACAUUUUAAUAUAUCAGGUUUUGAUUUAAAUGGAUUUCGCAAUUAAAACAAUCAUCGUUUGUUAGUACAAGACGGAGUGCAACGAAUAUUUUGACAUUGCAUACAAAUUCAUUCAAUAAAUUAAUAUAAUAUCUGCGUUGAUUGACCAGGUAUACACUUCAGUUGGUAAAAUAUCGAUAUUAGUAAGAUUUUAUGUACGUCUGUGGCA